GCACAUGUUGUUCAAAAUGGCGACCGCCACCAUUCUGCGAAGCAUCAGAGCAUGCCACAAAUCGUCUUCUAAUUAUCUCUUGAAAGGAGAGAUUACUCGUUCUUACCGGUGUAAAACAUGCAGAAGUGUGCCAGCAAGCAAUAUUGCCAGUUUUUCAGUAUUUUCACAACCAAAAAGCUGUACUUCUCAAGAUAAAAUUGGAGGAGGUUUACAUCAACAUCAGUUUGUCCAUGGCUUCAGCAGGAAUAUACACACAAGCACAAGCGCAUUAGCGGGAAAGAGAGAUUUCUAUCAAGUGCUGGGGGUUCCUAAAACAGCAACUCAGAAAGAUAUCAAGAAGGCAUAUUAUGAGAUGGCAAAGAAAUACCACCCUGAUAGGAACAAAGAGAGUCCUGAUGCUUCCAAGAAGUUUGCUGAGGUUGCAGAGGCAUAUGAGGUACUAGGAGACGAAGGGCGAAGGAAAGAAUAUGACACAUUAGGACAAGCUGGCUUUGGAGCAGGUGGAAUGGGCGGCGGAGCGGCAGGUGGAUUCCAGGGCCAAUGGCAGCAAUCAUCCAUGGACCCAGAGGAACUCUUCCGCAAGAUCUUUGGUAAUCAGGCCUUUGACCGAGGUGGCAUGUUUGAUGAGUCAAUGUUUGGAGGAUUCAACACAGCUCAUGAGGUGGCCAUGGAUUUAACAUUCAGUGAAGCCGCCAGGGGUGUGAACAAGGAGAUAAACGUGAAGAUGGAGGACACGUGUGAACGGUGCAAGGGAUCCCGAUCUGAACCUGGAACCAAGACGUCAAAGUGUCAUCAGUGCAAUGGAACAGGCCAGGAAACUGUGAACACAGGACCAUUUGUGAUGAGAACAACAUGUCGUCGUUGCCGUGGUACCCGAGUCAUCAUCAGUGUUCCAUGUAUAGUGUGUAGAGGGGCGGGGCAGACGAUGCAAAGAAAAAAAGUUGUUGUACCAGUUCCAGCAGGUGUUGAAGAUGGCCAAACAGUCCGGAUGCCUGUGGGUAGCCAGGAGUUGUUCAUCACGUUCCGUGUUGCUCGGAGUAACCAGUUUAGACGAGAUAAAGCAGACAUUCAUUCAGAUGCUACCAUCAGUUUUACUCAGGCUACUCUCGGUGGUACAUGCAAGAUCAAAGGAAUCUAUGAUACUAUUACACUCAAUAUUCCAGCAGGUACCCAGUCCCAUGCAAGGAUACGUCUACCAGGGAAAGGCAUUAGUCGCGUCAACGGAUACGGGUUUGGAGACCAUCAUAUCCACAUCAAGAUCAAAGUCCCUACAUCUUUGGGAGAAAAACAGAAGGCUCUUCUGAUGGCAUUUGCUGAGGAAGAAGCAGGAGUGACAGGAACUGUCAAUGGGCUCAGUAAAACACAGGAUGGAGCCAACAUCGUGACAGAUGACCCCCAAGGCAUGGUAGGAAGGAUCCGUCUCAGUCUAAACACACCCAAUUCUCAAGAUUUUGCCACAAAGGUAGCGGAUGACAUCGAUGAGAAAGAAGAUGAUACAAAGAGAUCCAGCAAACCUUGAAAACCUUUGGAGAUUGAUAAAGAUGAACAUCCCAGUCACAAGGUGGCUUGUUAAUCAUUGCCGGGAGAUCUGUGCUGAUUAUAUGUUAUCAAAUUGAUUGGUCAUAUAUAUCUUAUGAUUAAGUUGAGUUCUGGUCGAGUGAUGACAUUGUUAAAGAAACUGUAAGCUAAUGGGAUAGGUCGUGUGGUUUUGUUUAAACAGCUUUUGUCUAAUUACUACUUGGUAUUUAUUAAUGAUUUUGUUGGAAGCUCUAUGGCUCAUAUUUAAUGUCAACACUUAAUUUUACCCAAAAAAUUAUACUAAAAAUUUCACAUAACAAUAGUCUACUUGAAUAUACAUUUUGUUUAAUGUACAUGUGGUAUUUAUGCUAUGAUGUCAUACAAUGUAACCACAUUCGCUGCCAUGUGAAGAGAGCAAAUGAACCCCCAUAGCUGGGACCCGUUUCACAAAGCCUUUUUUCAAUGACAAAUCUGCUGAUAACCAAUCAGAAGCAAGGAUUUCACUAUCUUAUAAUAAAAAUUGUCAUUUGUCACUGAUGACAUGUUUUGUCAAAUGGGACCCUGAUGUGUAUGUGUAGUCCAAAUCCAUGAAUCCCUGGUUCUUUCUAGGACCAAAUAUCCUAUUUCUAUCUGAUGGUUAGUUAUUACAAAUUCACAUUGUUACAAAGAGGUUAUAUUGAAAGGAAAUUUCCAAGGGUCAUUAUCAUUAUCAUUAUUAUUAUUUCUUCAUGCACUUACGGUAUGUAUUAUAAAUCAAGGUGUAUUACCCAACCUAACAAUCAUUGCAUACAGUUGAUUUACUUCUAGAUAUACCCAUGUUUAUGAUUUAUAAAAGUAGUUAUUAUCGGGUAACAUUAUAGAGCUUGUUUCUAGAUCUCAAUCCAUGUUAUUGGUUGUGCUUUGCUAACAAUAGCAUCAGAUUUCCAAAUUUAACCAUGGAUUUGGAAUUGCACUGGGAAUACUGGGCAUCGAUGCAAGCCUCUGGUUCAAACUAUUUAACAUGCUGCCUUCCAAGUUUGCAUUUGUAUUCUGGUGGCAUCACUUCAUAUUGACUGAGUGUGUGCAUGAUAGUCAGAAAUUUUGCAGAAAUUUUGUAAUUUUUGUAAGUUCACAGAUUUUAGGGGGAAAAAGAUGUUUUUCUUUGAAAUAACUCGAAAUUCAACGAAGCAUAAGUCAUAUUUUCCUGAUGUUUGCGUAUGUACCUGUUUUUGUGAAAAUAUGGUACAUUUUGUGAAUGCAUGUCUUCAUAAGCAAAAAUAGGGUUACGUUUUGAGCCAAUGUUUUACCCGUUUCAAGCAGAAAAGGGUCAUACUUUGUGUAAAAUAUUCUUGAAAUUAUGCAAAUUAGGGGAUCAUUUUCGACUCCAAACAGUCCUACGCUACACCUGUGAAUAUGUAGAGAUACCACUGGGAAGGAUUGUGGUGGAGUUGUCUUCGAUUGAUGUCCGUUGUAGAGACUUACGCUGUGUGAGUAUAUGUACACAAAAUAUUGAAUUAUAUGAAACACAUAACUUAUCAUUGUAUGAAUUGAUGUAUACAUGCGCUGUCAAUGAAAGAUAAAUGAAUUAUUGAAGAGUAAAUUUAUUCAUGAAAUGUUAAA